UCCAAUUAAAUAAAUUAAACCCCGAAUUAUAGAGAAUCCUAAAAUCAAUGGAGCUCUCCAAGUGCCCAGCUCUAAUUCUCCUCCUCCUCAAUCUCUACUCUUUCGGAUUCGGAUCUUUAUCAGAAUCCGUAACCGGAGGAUUUCUCCGGCGAGCGAAGGAGUCGGAGUUCGUGGACUGGAUGGUUGGAAUCAGGAGGAGGAUCCACGAGAAUCCUGAGCUCGGAUACGAAGAAUUCGAGACGAGUAAGCUCAUCAGAAAGGAAUUGGACUCUUUGGGGAUUCGAUAUGAGCAUCCGGUCGCGGUUACGGGUGUUGUAGGAUACGUUGGGACUGGAGAAGCUCCGUUUGUAGCUUUGAGAGCUGAUAUGGAUGCCCUCCCGAUGCAGGAGAAUGUGGAAUGGGAGCACAAAAGUAAAGUCCCCGGGAAAAUGCAUGCCUGCGGUCAUGACGGACAUGUUACUAUGCUGCUAGGUGCUGCUAAGAUCCUUCAGGAGCAUCGUGAUGAGCUGAAGGGAACCGUCGUACUCCUUUUCCAACCAGCCGAAGAAGGAGGUGGCGGGGCAGAGAAAAUGAUUGAAGCUGGAGCUGUAAAGAACGUCGAUGUUAUUUUUGGGUGUCAUCUUGCUACAGACAUUCCUCUUGGUGUUGUGUCAUCCAGACCAGGGCCAAUAAUGGCUGGGAGUGGGUUCUUUGAGGCAGUAAUCAGUGGGAAGGGAGGUCAUGCAGCCAUUCCUCAGCACACAAUAGAUCCAAUUUUAGCUGCAUCCAAUGUGAUUGUAAGCUUGCAACAUCUGGUUUCACGCGAGGCUGACCCCUUGGACUCUCAGGUGGUAACAGUAGCUAAAUUUCAAGGAGGCGGUGCAUUCAAUGUUAUUCCUGACUCUAUUACUAUUGGUGGCACUUUUCGCGCCUUCUCAAAAGAAAGCUUUUCUCAACUAAAGCAGCGAAUUAAGGAGGUAAUUGUUUCACAAGCAUCAGUGCAACGAUGCACUGCAACUGUUGAUUUCCUCAAUGGAAAAUACCCAUUCUUUCCUGUGACAACAAAUAGUGAAAACCUCCACAAUUACUUUCAGAAGGUUGCUGUAGAUAUGCUUGGAACCGAGAACGUCAGGUUGAGACUCCCUAUGAUGGGAUCUGAAGACUUUUCCUUCUUCACCGAGGCGGUACCUGAGGCAUGCUACUACUUCGUUGGCAUGAACGAUGAAUCCAAAGGGAAGUUGUACCCCGGCCAUUCUCCUUACUUCACAAUCAAUGAAGAGGCUCUUCCUUAUGGCGCUGCUCUUCAUGCAUCUUUGGCUAUGAAUUACCUCUCUGAGCUCAGUGGUAGCCCACCCAAGGUUGGAGGUGCUUCUCAUGAUGAACUUUAGAAUUUCUACUUGUUUGAUAGGGGCAGCCACUUAACUUCUCCUCUUGACAUGAAAACUUAUGUGCAGUGAUUUGCACUCUGCAAUGUACUGUAUUUGCUUAGCAGGGUGGUCUUGAGCUUUAUUGCUCCCCUCGUGCGAGUUGUUGAAUACAGGAGGGGAUGGAGUUCUAUAUAUAAUUGUUACAUUAGGAGUUUGCUUUCUGUAAACGGAGCAAUAUGUGCAGGUUAAUACUUAGAAUCAUUUUCUGUGUC